AUGGCAUUAGAAUAUCCAUCUUCAACAUUUAUAGGAAUUGAUGUAAAUUCUUCCUUUUUUCCAUCGAAUGAUAAAUGUCCUCCUAACGUCUGUUUUCUUACAUCCAAUGUAACUUACGGAAUUCCAUUUCCUAUGGAAACUUUUGACUUUGUUUAUUUGGGCAUGAUGUUUUCUGCAUUUACUGAGCUACAAUGGUCUGAGCUGAUCAAUGAUGUUGUCAGAGUUUUAAAAUAUGAUGGUUGGGUCGAAUCUUUAGAAGCAACUGCUCAAUUUAUAAAUCAUGGAAAGGUUACAAAAUGCAUAGAAGAUGCUGAAAAAGGUGUUAAUGUUCGAAUUAGUGCUUUGUUGCCAAAAAUGUUUGAGUCAAAUGAGAUGCUUGCAAAUAUGCAAUGUAUUAAAGUAGAAUAUCCUGUAGGAGAAUGGUAUGGAUGUUUUGGUAAAUAUUCAAUUAUCAAUCUUCGCAGAUUAUUCCAAAGUUUUGUCUUUCUCCCUGAAUAUUUGGGUGUAUCUUAUGAAGAAUAUAUUGAUAUGUUGGACAUCUUUGUUAAGGAAGCCAACGAAAAUAAAACUUACACUUAUAUUCAGAGAUGUUUUGCCCAAAAAACUUGGAAUGCUUGA